AUGGGUCAGGCAACUCUGAUAAUUAGUUUGGUAAUCAUUGUCAUUACUUUGAUCGGAGGCUCGGUAGCUUUCUUCGUAUGGCACUGGUUACACAGAUCGCGACCGGUUAAUGAAGGAAUUCAGAUGCUCCCCAUACGAGAACGCAGUCCUCAUGCACGAGAGAGCGACGCAGACGAUCGCCGUGUAUGGGAGCGUGAUCAAGAGGGUGGCCAUAUACAAGACCAUGAUGCAGGUGGACUGAGUUUGGCGGACAUUGUACGUGGCAUACCUGGGCGUCAUAUCGAGGGAACAGGGGAAAACGAAGGUCGAAGCUUAGCAGAUAUUGUCAAUCCGCCGCCGAAACGGCGUGGAAAGUCAUCUACAGCUCACUUGAAAAAGGGGAAAAUACAGAAUACCACCGACGAGUCGCAAGCUAACCCAAGUACAACUGGUGCUGGAAGUAGCUCAUCAAACCGCGUGCGAAGAGCUCCCAUGCGUGCUGAGGAGUCCGUAUCAGGGCUUGGCGGGAAAGAGAAGGGAAAACGAGCCCCUGGGAAGAUUCACGAAUCAUCCGUUACUCCAGAUAACAGUAAUAUCCCUUUGAUUGGGAUCGAUUCUUCUCCAAGUUCUCAAGAUGAAAGAAGUCUCAAAUCGGCGUCAUGA